AUGUUUCGCGCCGCCCUGCGACGCGCGUCGACGCACGCGAGCUUGAACGCGCGCGUCCGCGGCGCGUUUCGCGCGCUCGCGACGUCGGCGACGCAGAAAACCGGCGGUAUUUACGAAGUGCGCACGUACGACAUCGAACCGUCGCGACUGGAUGAAUACCUCGCCAUGUGCGCCGACAGCGCGAACGAACGCAAAAAAGUGACGAACGAAGGUUUCGUCGGAUUCUUCGUCACGGAGCUCGGCGGUGACGCGCACGAGGUGACGCACGUGUACCGAUACGACGAUUACGACGCGCGAGACGACGCGCGAAACGCGAUGAAGCGGAGCGAAACGUGGACCGCGUUCCUGAAAGCGUCGAAACCGAUGGUGAGACGACAAAAGAGCGAGAUAUUCUUAGAGGCGACGAAAGCGACGGCGAGCGCGGGAAUGGAGGCGAACGAUGUGCUGCGACGGGCGCGCGAAGGGAACGGAGGACGCGCGGACGGCGUCUUCGAGUGGCGGCGGUAUCAGCUCGAGUUGGGAUACAACCCGAUCCCGAAGCUCGUCGACGCGUUAGCCAAGGGACUGCCGUCGAAAUUAGCGAGCGAUCGAGACGGGCGCGGGGAGUUGGUGUGGAUGGGAUACAGCGACGUGGGGAAAUUGAACCAAUUCGUCGAGCUGUGGCGAUACGACUGCUAUCAGGAUCACAUAAAGGCGCGCGAAGCCGCGCGGUCCGCCGAUGCGUGGCGCGCGGCGAUCAACGAGAUCGCGCCUAUGGUUCAAAUGUUUGAUACGCAGCUCAUGCGACCAGCGGCGGCGUCGCCGAUCAAGUAA